AUGAAUAGCUCGGUGACGAGGGCCCGCCCUCUGGAGUAUCCAGCUUGGUGGACCAGGGAGCGAUUAUUCCGCUGGCUUCAUUCCGUUCCCGAGGAUUCGUUUUGGAACUGCCUAAUAUGCAUUUUGGCGCUGUUGGCGAUUAUCUGGGUCGCCGCCGAGUACAAACAUCCCUACUUAGAUUUUGCGGAUGUGUUGUAUAACAUCAUAUAUGCAAUUCACGUGCUGGGUAUAGCGUAUGAUCUAUUUGUCACCGUUGAGAUCGUCGAUGUGGAUUACUGGCAAUUAAGUGACUACUACCUCAAAGACAAUAUUAUUGGCACUACUCUCAAGUAUUGCUACAUAUUUUUCGUGUUAAGAGUAACUUGGGCCAUUAUCUGGCUUCAUGUUGACGAGUUUGAGCGCGAAUACACAGAGGCCCCUGCAUGGAAGCGUGCUCUGUAUGAAGUGCAACAUGACAAUCUUUAUUACGAUGGUCAUAAGGACGAUAUUGCCAGUCAGUUCCUGUUUGCAGUGUAUAUUGUCAACAAAAUGUUCAUACCUAUUGGGCCGUCAGUAGCACCAUCAAAUGACAUAGAGCGUAUAACGUGCCUGUUGGUGAUGAUCACCGGUUGCCUGGUGGUAACUGGGGCUGCUGUGGCGUCGCUUACACUCGUCAUCAGUAUAUACAUGAGGCCUGAGGAAGCUUUCCGUGCGAGGUACAGGCUGAUUAUGAAAGAGAUGAAAUCAACAAAAGUUCCGCCAAAUCUCCGCGAAAAAGUGGAGACAUUCUAUAAAAUGUACUGGCACAAGCAACGAGCGGUGUCGGCUACUCAACUGUUACCUACAUACCCUCCUACUCUCUCUGCUACUAUAUAUGCAGAUAUAUACUUCGAGGCAACACAAAAGAGUCGGAUCCUCUGCGACCUCUCCUUUGAGUUUCUAUCUGAAGUGGCCAAGAAAAUGAGUACAAUACAUUAUAUACCGGGGGAUACUCUCAUCAAGCGGCUCUCUACCAAGUCGUCGAUAAUAUAUGUCACUUACGGAGACAUUGAAAUGUUAACAGCAGAGGACAACAGCACGGCCAUCCUGCGUAUGACGCGCGGCACGGUAGUGAGUCCACUGGCGGGCGUAUGGCCCGCGGGCUGCGGCUGCGCCCACGUGGAGAUGCGCGCCGCCACGUUCUGUGCCGCGCACGUGCUCGCCGCUGCCGACCUCUGGCGCGUCGCUCUCAAGUACGCCAGGGGCACUGACCAUACACGGCUUAUUCUAGCGGCCUUCUAUGAACAUUUUGAAAGAGUGAAGAAACAUUUUUAUUCAAAAACACCCGAAGAUGUCAAGCACAAGAGUAGUAUCCUACACUUCAAGCGGAAUCUGUUGGCGUUGAAAGAAGCAAAAGACGCCAACGGCAACCUGCUGCUGCCUAGAACUGAUUUCUUCUUAGAAAUUGCUGGCUGUUACAUUAUGAGAAAUCGACCGGAUGCAACUUUAAACCAAGAAACGGACGCCAUUUGCCUGCGGUCCACAUUCCCGUACAUCCUGCAGCCGGAGUCCUCGCUGCAGAUCGCGUGGCAGUCCUUUGUCUCAUGUCUGAUUGUUGUUGUGUGCAUCGUCCACCCAUACUACUUGGUGUUUACGAAGACCGUGCCGCUGGAGUUCAGAUUCUUUGACUACGUGAUGACAGUGGUGUAUGCACUGGACCUGAUCGCGUACCUCUCAACUGGUGCCAACGUUGAGGAAGGUGUGCCAAUAUCGUUCGCACAGACAUCCUCGCAGCAGAUGCGCAGCCACUGGUUCGUGCUGGACGUGAUCAGCACGUUACCCAUUUUCGAGUUCAUCGGUGAAGGGCAUUUCGCUGGCAUUAAUAAGUUGCUGAGAUUGCCUAAGGUGUUCCGUGUGCUGAAGAUGCUGGAGGACGUGUGCGUGUACCACAGUAACGUGCUGAGGUUCAUGUCGUACACGCUGCUGCUGCUGAUUGCCUGCUACCUGAUAGCCGCCCUGCAGCAGGGCUUCAUGUGCUUCCAAUUUGGCUACUGUGUGGUGACGAACUUCACUCACUCCCCGUACUGGGCCAACGAGCCGCUGGACGAGGCCACCGUCGAGAGCAGGAUCACUUUUGGACUCUACUGGGCGAUAUCUAUGAUUACAUUUACUUGUCAUUUGGAAAUGUGGGGCCUCACCAAAUGGGACAAUGUUCUGUACACUAUGUUCGUGCUGGAGAUCUGUAUCGUACUCCACAUCUUCAUUGAAGCCGCUUACUCUGCCACUAUUAUGGUCACCACUGCAUUGAGAGAAGAUUACGACUCGAGCAUUGGAAAUGUGAAGGACUUUCUGAUAAGGAAUGAAGUGGAUCCCAUGAUAAGGCAGCGCUUCAUUACAUAUUUGCAAUUAUGUUGGUACAUAGAUAAGGCCUAUUCAUUGGCGAAUAAGAAAAAAUCCAUCUUCUACGACCUGCCUCCGCAUGUGUACCAAGAUAUAGUGGCCAGCCAGCGGAGCAAAUAUCUUCUAACUGUUCCAUUUAUAAAGCUGCUCCAUAAGGAAGACCUCAAGCACGUGUCGUCAGCGGCUCGACUGUUCUACACAUCCCCCAACGAGAUUCUUCUGAACACCGGCGACAUUAGCUACGAAAUGUUCGUCAUCAAACAGGGCAUUUGUGAGAUUUUUAAUCCGUAUACUAGACAAGCGGUUGGUUUUCUCGGUGUUAAAGCCCACUUUGGUGUCCUGGAAUGCCUUUUACGUGAGUCAAAUUUCGAUCCAGGGUUGCCUGCUUACUACACCAUCAGGGCCGUGACUCACGUGCAAGUAUUCUCAAUAUCGAGGAAGGUGCUCUCCCGCGCCAUCGAGAUUCCGCAGAUCAAAGACGCCAUCGAGUUCGUCAAAUCACAACCGGAAUACACUCGCUUGUUGAUGGCCCGCGAGUCCUUCCUCUGGUAUGAGCCACCCAGCCCGACGCCGAACAUUGUACAAUUCCCACUGCCCAAGAAAUACGAGAUGGAUAAUGAAUACCUGCAUCCCUUUAAAAGUUUGGGAUUCUUGUCAAUACUAAGAUACAUGUUUCCCCGGUUCUCGAUCCGUCCGGACGGCCGGUAUUUGGUGAGGUACGAGUGGUUCCGUGCGUGGUGCGCGCUUUGCUCCGCGAUGGUGUUCCCCAGCUACUCGUACCUGGUGCUGCAGUGGCCCUCGCUCUACUUCUUCACCUGGCUGCUUGAUAUCUCCGCUUAUUUUGAUAUCCUUCAGCGUAUGCUGGUUGGUUACUACAACGAGCAGGGUAUCCUGGUGUACCAUCCUUCAAGCACUGCAGCACACUACUUGAAAGGUGCCUUCAUCGUGGAUCUCUUCUGCUCGUUACCUUUGGAGUACCUUGAAGUGCCUGGAAGGGAAUCAUUCCAGGACAAGUACCGCUUGACACAAACACGGCAGUUCCUGAUGCUGAACCGCCUCCUGCAGCUGUACCGCCUGCCCGGCGCCAUGCUCACGCUCUCCGGGUACAUCGAGAGGAGAGACAUCCUGCUUGUCAUCAAGGCCAUCCCUCUGUUCUUGAGCUUGCUGAACGUGCUGACGUGCUGCGUCGUCUUCUACUCCGUGAACAUAUUCAGCUCUAUGGAUGAUACCCAGUGUCUGAUCGUACCGCUCGAGGACAAGGGUGUUCGUUUCAACGUGACGGAGACGCCGUGGAAUCUCCACCUGGCGUCGUACUUCUGGGUGGUUUUUGAGACCACCACCACUGGGUACAACAGCCUCAACCCGAGCAACUUCCAUCUCAUGCGGGUUUUGUACAUUGGAAUGGUCAUUGGUGCAAUGAUGACGACGUACUUCUCUGUGCGCAUCAUCAGCAUCAGAGGUAACGUGAACACGCUGCUGGCCGGCUUCCAGCACCAUAUGACGGAUAUGAUCGUGUUUAUGCGCCGAGAGAACAUACACCCCGCCCUGCAGAAAGUAGUUCUGGACUACUAUGAAUACAAUUGGGACAAAACGGGCGGAGUGGAUUACAGGAAUGUGCUCAAAAUGUGCGAUCAAAUCACACUGCGCACUGACACCAUCCUUCAUAUCUACGGACCAACAUUCGCAAAGUGCCCGUUCCUGGUGAACUGCGACGUGUCGUUACUGAGGAACCUGGGGCGCGCGGUGCGCAGCGUGUACCUGUUGCGGGAUAUGGUCCUCGUGGAGCCGGACGACGUGGUCUCCGACAUGUACUUCGUGGACUACGGCCGCCUGCACGUGCGGGAGACCAGCGCAGUUGGCAGCACGCUCUGCGAGCUCACCAGGGGCAGCGUGGUGGGGAACAUUGAGGGUACCUCGAGCGCCCGUAGCCGCGUGUCGGUGGUGGCUGGCUGCCGCACGCACGUGCUGCAGAUCAGCGCCGCCGCCUUCAGACACAUCGUCGCUGACUUCCCCUCAGUACUGGCCCUCAUUGACAACCACAGGGCCAACAAUCCGAACUACAUCGCCGGUAGUUCCGACUCCAUGCGGAACUUACGAGACCGCAGCGUGAGCUCGCCAACUGUGAUACGAAGUCGCAAAGGCCUGAUAAAGCACCUUUACUUCAAAGACAAGUCGAUCCAAAUGUACCUCAUAAUAGUCUCCAUGCUUUGCAUCUACAUGGAUGUAUACAACGCGGGGUUCCAAAAUAACAGCCUCCUGGUGAUUUUGUUGCUAUAUGCGCUCGACUUGGGGUUCUCUGUGAAGAUAUUGAUGCAGUACUCACUGCCUUAUAUCGUGGAGUCAGCGCAUUUGAGAAAGAUACUACUGCCGCUGAGGAAUGCAUAUUUUAGAAGCGAAUUCAAAUACGACAUACUGUCGUGUGUCCCCAUCGAGGUGUUUAGCUUGCUUGCGACCAGGCAUCGCUGGAUGUUGUUCUCUUGGUUGAGACUCAACAGAAUGUUCAGGAUUGUAACUGUACACAAGUGCCUGAAGCGUCACCACGAGCGGCUGACCAUCAACCUGACGCUGAGCACCGUGUUCUCGGUGCUGAUCUGGUUCACACUAUUCGUGCACACCACCGCCUGCCUCUGGUACUACAUAGGGGUAAUGGAAGACGAGAUCAAGCCGCGAUCCUCUUGGAUGUACAACAAUGCUGGAGGCAGUUGGUGUCACAAUUACUAUAUCUGCUCGGUGUAUUUUGUUCUGACCACAUUCACACAAAAUGGCGUCGGGGACAUUAUGCCCAAGAAGCAGUCAGAGGUGGUUUUCGUGUCCAUUCUUCAGAUAAUAUCAACGAUGGUGUACAUGGUGUACGUGGGUGAAUUCUCCAACAUCAUUCAGUAUCAGUCAUUUAGAUCUGUCAGUUUCUACUGCAAAUAUUUAGAGUUGCAGGAGUUUCUGAAAAACAACCGAGUAUCCAAAAACCUAGUGACGAUUGUGAACAAAUAUUCUUUGCAUUUAUGGCGGGAGUCGCGCGGCGAGCAAGUGCCGCACUUCCUGAGUACUGCGCCGUUGUGCAUCAAACUGAAUGUCAUGUCUGCAGCUUAUUUAACACAUCUGACCAGUAAUCCCAUAUUUCAGUAUUGUGAACCCGCGUUCCUGAGGCAACUCGUGGGGCAUUUACAAUUGUAUAUUUAUAAUGCAGGCAUGUAUGUAGUGAAGGAGAGCGAGAUUACUGACUCCAUGUAUAUAAUACAUUCGGGCCAGGUUCAGGAAACGGCAUCAAACCACAACUCCUCGAAGGUGUUCACCACGGGAGAUUACUUUGGAAUGUAUGAAGGUGUAAUCCGCAAUACACCUUAUGCAUACACAUAUCAAACGAUCACCAAAUCCCGAGUCCUUACGCUUCAAUUCACCGACUGGGAGUACCUACUAGAACAUUUCCCUAUAAGUAAAGGUAUCAUUUUUAAAUGUAUGAAGUUUGAUGAUGAUCGUGGACAUACACAGGGAGGUAUGGAGCCAGAUCAGGCAGACAAUGCUAAGAAUAAAGGACAGCAUUUCAAAGAGGACGUUACGUCAUCUCGCCAAGAUCCUCCUGGACCACCUGGAUCAAGUCCAUUUCAGCCACGGCUGCCAUCUAAAACUGUAUCCUCGUUUGCAUCACCUGUAGGAAUAGGAGAAACAGUUAUUGUUUCUUCUGAACAAAUUGAAACUCCUACAGACAUUGCAGGAGUAUCUCAACAAGAAAUAGAUACAGAAAUAUCUAAACAAAAAGCAUUUUCGUCAGACACUUCCAGAGAUAAGUAUCCUAACAGAAUAUUAGAUCGUGGACAGUCUCGUACAGAUAUGGGUUCCGCGGAUACAGAAAUGCGGACUGAAAGUAAGACAUUUAAUAAUGGUAACGAUAUGAUAAAAAGCACUGAAGAAGUAGGAUUUCUGGACAAAGUAAAAAGCGAAAUUCAUUUAGAGCAGUCUAGAGAACCAUCGAGUAAGUCUCUUUAUGAAAUUAAAAAUACAUCUGAACCGAGAAGUCCUAGAGAUGUAGAAGAGGCAUUAAAAAAACCUUCUACCCUCAUAGAAAAAGCAAAGAAAUUAUUUCACAAGAAACAACCGAAAUCUGUCAAACCAUUCGGCGAAAGCUCUAAAACUAGUGAAAAAGAUGUGUUACUGAUAGAGGAAGAGGAAGCGACUACAUCACUACUCUUAAAGAAAUUUUCAGAACCAUCUGAAGAUGUAAAUAGCAAAGAAUCAGAAAAAGAAAUCGUAAUUGCAAAAAUAAGCAGGACUAACUCUGAAGAAGUUAUGGAAGAAGAAAAUGAAGAGCAUAUGCUUACAAUAGAUAUUGCAAAAACCUCGAUAGAGAAUUCUAAACGUGUUGUCAAAAGUUCACUACUUGGUAAAGAUAGAAAGUCAAAAGAAAGUCUUAAUGUAGAAAAUAUUGUAACAGAUGAUGAUAUUCCAGAUAGGUCGUCGUUAAAUGCGAAAGACGAAGCGACAUCUACUUCACGUUUGAAUAGACGUUUUAUUCGUGUGCGAUACGAAGAAGAUAAGGUUCAAAAUAAUUUAGAAAAUCGUGAGACUAUUCAAAAUAUAAAAAACCUUAGAUCAGUGGACAGUAAUGUGCCAAUAAAAGCCCAAUCCAUGGAAGAAAAUAGAACUGAAUCUAGUUCAGACAUUAAAGAAUCUAUUUAA